CGAACGACCAUGCACACACAGUACGUCCACUUGAAGCCGCUCCAGAUGCUGCCCAUAGCUCGAGCCUACAAGAACUAUGCAUAGCUUGCAAGAAACAACAUCCUCUCCCGUUAUAACGUCGUCUACUACUUGCUGCUUUGCGCGCGGCCGCCCGAGAUUCUCUCGGCCUGGCUUCUCGAAAUGAGCCGCUCGCUCUCACGGAAUUAGGUCGUGUAUACAGGACGACUUGUCUAACAUCAAACGGGAGACGCAGUCAUGUCAUUCCCUCUGUCAUUGUCGCAGUCGUCCUCGCCGACGGAGCUUCGCGGGCAGAUGCCACCCUCGCAGACAUCGUCCAUCGAACGCAAGAGCACAGCGCAAUCCCGCUCACAGCCAGCAUCGAAAGCCUCCGCAGACAAAAUGCCCGAAGAGGCCAAUAUCUCGCCUUCCUCCCCACCAACAGGCCACCUGCGCUUCGUUCUGACCGACAUCGUGGCUGCGCGAUACAUCGAAGAGGAUCCAAGUACCACCUGCGAGGUGCUCGCUCGCCGCCAGAGGAUCGAAGGCUACGAGAUCUACCUAGUCGAACAAUGGGCCUGUUCUCGUUCGCACCCGACCUUCCUCAUCACCACCUACACUGGCAAUGCCGAAGAUGUCGUGCUGGCAACCAUAAUAAGCGUGCCUGCCGAUGAGGAAAAGUGGUCGCCCCAGAUGCGUCUGUACUUCAGCUCACUGACCGAAUACCAUGCGCGGAGGAAAGAGACACCGUACGGAGUGCUCAUGAUCACCAGUCUGAGUGGCUUCCCGUCUUCCUUGACUGUCAUUCCCAUUCCAGGCGGCGACCUGAAGCAGUACCGCGAAUCCUUCUUUGUCAACGAGAACCUGAAGAGAUUGGGUUGUUCAGGUCGGCUAGGGAUCAAACUCGCGCCGCCUAGCAGCGCGACCCAGGCCAAGUUCCACCAGCUAUAUCGUACGAGCGAAAAGAUCCCAUUCAACGCGUCCGUGAUAGAGCUCGUAAAGCUUUGCCAGGUUGCCCUUGUGCUUUUCGACAAGCUCGAGCCUGAGUAUGCAGACGGACUGCUCUGCGACGUCACAGAGAAAGCCAUCAACGAUUGGUGGAUUGAGCUCGGGGCCGAAUACUAUACAGUUGAACCGCACGACGGUAUCCUUGGUCCUACAACUGUCGCUGCACUAUUAGGUAUGCUGAUGGGGGCACGUAACAGAUUGGGUGCAUGCAGCUCGGCGGUCGCCAAGGACGUCUUUGAUAUUGAGAGUACGAAACGGGGCAUCGCCCAUUUUCAGAAAUCACAUCAUCUCCCCAGAACGCGACGUCUGGACAGGCAGACUUUGGACAAAUUACGAAGAGCAACAGCCAAGGCAGCUAGCAAAGAAGGUUGGGCUGUGCCCCGAGCCUUCAAAUCGACCAUGACCGAGCUUGGAGGCAAAGGCGGUGAGAUGGUCAUGGGAAUCGUCGGGGCUGGGCAGAAAGAUGGCAUCGCCGAGGUGGAGACUGUUGACAUCGAUCGCUUUGUCGAACUUGCUAGGGGAGAACAUGCCAGGUGGUUAUGGCAUGGGAAACCGCGCAAGUCAUCAUCAGGGGAUAUGUUCGACCGACUGCCUGGCGAAGAGCGCUCUAUCUCACCAGAUAAAAACAACCACGCUAUCAAGCCGCUACGACGAGAAACAACACUCGAGCAAGACCGUACUAUAAAACGCGAACCAACGUCUGAUGAGUUGACGAAACAUGAGAUAUUCACACCGGAUGGCUUAGAAAAAGACAAGGACCCUAAAGAUGCCUUUUCGAAGCGAGCUGUUAUCAAGGCGAAGCUGGAGUCUGGCAGUGGCUUUCAUCAUAUCAAGAACGCCGUUAGUCUUCGAACUCAUGCGAGUAAGUUGUCAAGAGAGGAACAUGGACGCCACGGGUUACAUCAAACAAAGAGUAGCAUAAAAUCGCUACAAUACAUGGACAACAACAGCACGCAGACAUCCGUCGAUCAGGCCCAUCACUCGAACGAUCCUUCGUUCGUCAUGUCCCCUCAACCCAUGCCUACGGGUACGUUCGCCAAAACUCUCACCGAAACACCGCGUGACUCGGCGAGCACAUUGGCAGUUGAUCGAACAACCGGCAGUCAUCACGACCAUCUCGAGCCAUUAGCGUUAAACAUUUCUGUUGCCGAAAGCGACGCCUCAACGCAGCCACCAACAGCAGUAAGCUCUAUAGCAGGCUCUAUCUACCAUGGCGUUGAUCUCAACGAAAACCUCCCUGUCGAAGAAGUGCAUGAAGUUCCCCUUCUUCUCCGCCGCACCCACUCUGCGGAUCAGUUCCACUUUUACCAUGCCUCUCGCAACGAUGCCUGGUGGCCUCGCCAUCUCUCAUUGAGUAUUGCAGAGGAAAGUGUACUCAGAUGGACCAGCAUUACAGCUGGAGACGUGGAUGAAGAAGCAAUCGAAGAGGAUGAUACUACAGCUAUCACAUUGACGAACAGGAUGGUGGUCCACAAUAUGCAAUCAGAGCAGCUCAAGCGCCUCCACCACCGACUCGCGCUCCUCUCCAGCACAGACACAACAUGGGUAUCUUCGCGGCUCAAGGAAAUCAAAGAGCUUGAAUCUUCAGCCGACGCUGACAUUGAAACCCUCGACUCAAUAUACUUCCCACACCUCGACACUUACCAUGCGCUUCGCGAAGACACGCAAGGCGUUGUCUCAAACAAUCGCUCCCAGCUGACCGAGAGUUUAAGAGAAUUAGGCAACGUGGGCGAUAAGCUGGAGUACGAGAUCAAUGCGUUGAAGAGCAAGGUCGAGGACGUGGAGGAUGCGUUAGGUGAAUUUGAGAGGCAAGUCGAGUUUGUGGAGCAUAGAGUGGAGGAAUUGAAUAGAGUGAUGGGACAGAGGGAGGGGUGGUGGCAUUGGCUCAUCCGGAUGUCGAUAGGCAUUGGGAAGCCGCCUGGGUGAUAUCUUGUUGAGAGGACAGGGAGAGACUCUAUGGCGUUCAAGGAUUUGACUGAGGAAUACCCGUUUCGCAUGUUUUCAUAGAAUAUAAUAUAGAGCCAAGCUCACGCUAGUAUAUUACAACUCCAAAGUG